AUGGCGACACCCAAAAAGAUCAAAGCUGCCGCUGUCCACGCGGCCCCUGUCUUUAUGAACAAGAAAGCCACGCUGGACAAAGUCGCUUCGUUUAUUGAAGCGGCCGAGGGAUCAAUUGAUUACCUCGUCUUUCCUGAAACCUUUGUGCCUGGAUAUCCCUACUUCAUAGAAUGCUAUCCACCCUUAAAACAAGUCAGGGCCCUCGCCGAAUACGCCGCGCAGAGCGUCACCGUCGUCAAAGAUGGCGGCGAUUUAAAGCCGAUCAUGUCUCUUUGCCGCAGCAAAAAGGUCGCCGUGUGCCUAGGUAUCUCGGAGCGGGUCGAAGGAGGCUACACGCUCUUCAACUCUCAGGUAUUUAUCGAUCGAGACGGGACCCUCUUGGGGGUCCACCGCAAGCUACAGCCUACGUACGUGGAACGCGUGGUCUGGGCGCAAGGAUCCGGCCACACGCUCUCCGUGCACGAGAGCAGCGUCGGCCGCAUCGCUGGUCUCGCGUGCUGGGAGAACACAAUGAACGGGGCCCGCCAGAGUCUUAUCGAGGACAGACAGGAAAUCCACGCGGGGGCCUGGCCGGCGUUGAGCACUAUGGCCGGGUUUGAAGGCGCGGCGAAUGCGCAGAUCGAAGCACUUAUGAAGAACCACGCGCUCACGGCGCAGGUGUUUGUUAUUUGUGCGUCGAAUUAUGUCGACGAGACAUGUUUGAACUGGAUGAAAGAAAAUCUUGGGGAGCAGGACCUGGUCAAGGAAGGGGGCGGGUUCUCUGCCAUCAUUCAUCCGUUUUGUAUCUAUUUGGCCGGACCGGAGUCAGGGGCUGGGGAUAGGCUUGUCGAGGCAGAGGUCGACUUGGCGCAAUUGGACGGUGUGAAGGUUUGGAUUGAUGCAAGUGGGCAUUAUAAGAGGCCCGAGAUUUUGAGGUUCAGUGUGGACAAGGCUCCGAAGUGGGCGGAUGAUGUGGUGGCGAAUAAAGGGACUAAACUGGAGGAGAAAAAUUGA